AUGCCAACUAAUAUAAUUCCUGUCAUUGAUAUUAAAUCAUUAGUUCAAUCAAAUAAUAAUGAACAAAAAUUGAUUGUUGCAAAAUCAAUACGUCAGGCAUGUGAAACAUACGGUUUCUUUCAAAUAAUAAAUCAUGAUGUGCCUCAAAAUCUCAUUGAUGAUAUGACAAAUGAAUCAUUUCGUUUUUUUCGUUUACCAUCUGAUGAUAAGUUAAAGUUUGCUGCUCGUCGAUGGAAUCCUCAAAGUAAAAAUCAAUAUCGUGGAUAUUUUCCAGCAUAUGUCAAUGGAAAAGAAGGCUUAGAUAUAUCAAAUCCAUAUAUGUCUCCAACACAUCCAUACGUACAAGAAAAUGUACCAUUACAUGAAUUGAACCAAUGGCCAACAGAACAAUUAUUAGGUAAACAGUGGAAAAUGACAAUUACACAAUAUUGGGAUUAUAUGUGGCAUUUGUCAGUAAUAAUAAUGCGUGGAAUAGCAUUAGCGUUUGAUUUAAAUGAAAGUUAUUUUGAUAAAUUAAUUGAUGAUACAGCAAAUGGCGGUGCGGGUACCUUAUCAGCAUUGCGUUUGAAUUUUUAUCCAAAACGUGAUGAUUCAAUGCCACCAUUAAUAGGUGAAGAUGGACAAAUACUUUCAUGUGAAACACAUUGUGAUAAUGUUAUUUUAACAAUUCUAUAUCAACAUCAAGUAGGUGGUUUACAAGUUCAAUUAGAUAAUCCAAAACGAUGGAUAAAUGUUGACGUUGUUCCAUAUGCAUUUGUUGUUAAUGCAGGAAGAUGUCUUGAACGUUUGACUAAUGGUCUAUUAAAAGCAAUUAAUCAUCGUGUGACACUACUCAAGCAAGAAAGAUUGUCAAUACCCUUCUUUUUAUCUGCAUGUUAUACAACACCAAUUGUCGCUCUUCCAACGUCUAUAAGUAAAGAAAAUCCACUAAAAUAUGAACCAAUUAAUUAUGGCCCCUAUAUUUUGAAAGCAAUUCAGCAAUUUAAAGAAUACAGAAGAGAUGACAAUACUAAUUAA